GCUACAGCUACGCCAUCAAGCAGAUGGCGGGGCUCAUCGUGCCGUCCGCGCGCCGCGCCAGCACCAAUCUCGACAGCCCCUCCGCCGUCGCCAGCGCCGUGCGCGACGCCAAGCCUGACCCGCGCACCGCGCAGCUCGCCGCCAUCUUGUACAGCAACCGCGCUGCUGCCUACUUGAAGCUUGAGAAAUACGACAAGAUCGCCAUGCAUUUCCGUCCCCCAUUAUCUCUCCCACCCGCCCACGAAGCACGAUUGCGCUCUCUUUCUCUCACCCUCAACUUCACCAUUCUCCCUUUUCUACCAUACUCCCAACUCCGUUGCCUCAUUGGCUUGCCUGCAUUCCUUCUGACCUUCCCGCAUUCCCCCUCUCCCCCACCCUGCGUGGCGGGGCCCACCCAACAGGCGGCGGUGGAUGCGGGGGCGGCGGCGGGGAUAGACGCGAGCAACUUCAAGGCGUGGCUGCGCAAGGCCAUGGCGCACAAGGAGCUAGGGCAGUGGUACGACUGCCACGUGGCGUGCAAGGCCGCGCUGCGCCUGGAGCCCGCCAACGAGGACGCGAGGAGCCUCUUUGAGGAGUCGCAGUUCAAAAUGGGGUCCAUGCCGCAGCAGCCCGCCCCGCAGCCACAGGCAGCGCCGGCGCCACAGCCCUCGUCAGAGAGGUUCGGCUUGUUUGGCAGAAGAUGA